UACUGGCUAGCAUGGGCGCGGUCCACUCCUGAAGCUAGCAUCAGUAUUCAGGCGACCACGGGGCAGCAUGGGCGCGGACAAGGCCAACGGCGUGGCGAGCUACUGCCGCCGCCCCCCGCACCGCCCCUUCCUGCAGCGGGUGAGGUACGCCGUGUGGAACCCCGAGGAGGGCACCUUCUUGGGACGCACGCCGCAUCGGUGGGGAGUGAUAGGCCUCAUCUACCUGGUGAUGUACAUCUGCAUCAUCAUCCUGUUCUCGCUGUGCAUGUGCGGGCUGCUCGCCACCGUGGACGAGCGGGUUCCGUACUUCACACUCGCUGACUCUAUUAUUGGAGACAACCCAGGCAUGGGCCACAGACCCAUCAUCUUUGAGGAAGGAGCCCUUAUCUGGUACCGCGCCAACGACUCACAGAACAUCAAGAAGUACACAGACAACCUCGACGCGUUCCUUGCGCCCUACGAGAACAAGUCUCUCCUCCCCAACGGCGGGAUCAACCAGAUCGAGUGCGGCGCCGUGAAGCCGCCGCGCGCCCAGGUCUGCGCCUUCGACCUCAGCCAGCUGGGGCCCUGCUCCCGCGAGAACAACUACGGGUACGACGAGAAGACGCCCUGCCUCAUCAUCAAACUUAAUAAGAUAUUCGACUGGAACCCGGAGUUGUACGACGACCCCGGCGACCUGCCCGCCGACAUGCCGGCCGACCUGGUCGCGCACAUCAACCAAACCACCGAGCCCGCUGAGCGCCGCAUGGUCUGGGUGUCCUGCGCCGGCGAGCGGCCAGGCGACGUGGAGGCGCUGGGCCCGCUGCGCUACUGGCCGCACCCGGGGCUGCAUGAGACCUACUUCCCGUACGACAACACUCCCGGCUACCUGAGCCCCCUCGUGGCGGUGCAGCUGAUGCAGCCGCGACUGCACCAGAUCAUCAACAUCCGGUGCCGCGGGUGGGCGCGCAACCUGCGCUACACCGACAGCCUCAAGGACAGGGUCGGCUCCACGCACGUCGAGGUCAUGAUCGACUGAUGCUGCACGCUCCAGG